AAGGAAGGUCAUCAUGGGAGCAUUUUUAGACAAGCCAAAGAUGGAGAAGCAUAAUGCCCAGGGGCAAGGGAAUGGGCUUCGUUAUGGUCUGAGUAGCAUGCAAGGCUGGCGAGUUGAAAUGGAGGAUGCACAUACGGCUGUGAUUGGUUUGCCGAAUGGACUUGAUGGAUGGUCGUUUUUUGCUGUAUAUGACGGGCACGCUGGAUCACAGGUUGCCAAGUACUGCUGUGAGCAUUUAUUAGAUCACAUCACGAGCAACCAGGAUUUUAAAGGGCCAGAUGGGCCACCAUCUGUGGAAAGUGUAAAGAGCGGCAUCAGAACAGGUUUUCUGCAAAUUGAUGAACACAUGAGAGUCAUCUCCGAGAAGAAGCAUGGCGCAGACAGAAGUGGGUCAACAGCUGUGGGUGUCAUGAUUUCUCCCCAGCACACGUACUUCAUCAACUGUGGAGACUCCAGAGGUUUGCUUUGUAGAAACAGAAAGGUUCACUUCUUCACGCAGGAUCACAAACCAAGUAAUCCGCUGGAGAAAGAGCGUAUACAGAACGCAGGUGGCUCUGUAAUGAUUCAGCGUGUGAACGGCUCUCUUGCAGUUUCAAGGGCACUUGGGGACUUUGAUUACAAAUGUGUCCAUGGGAAGGGUCCUACAGAACAGCUAGUGUCACCCGAGCCUGAAGUUUAUGAAAUCGAGAGAUCAGAAGAUGAUGAUCAGUUCAUCAUUCUGGCUUGCGACGGGAUCUGGGAUGUUAUGGGCAAUGAAGAGCUGUGUGACUUUGUAAGAUCCAGACUUGAAGUCACUGAUGACCUUGAGAAAGUUUGCAAUGAGAUAGUUGACACCUGCUUGUACAAGGGAAGUCGAGACAACAUGAGUGUGAUAUUGAUCUGUUUUCCGAAUGCACCAAAGGUAUCACCAGAGGCGGUGAAAAGAGAGGCAGAGUUGGACAAGUACCUGGAAAGCAGAGUAGAAGAGAUCAUAAAGAAGCAGGGUGAAGGAGUCCCAGACUUAGUCCACGUGAUGCGUACAUUAGCAACUGAGAGCAUCCCAAACCUCCCGCCGGGGGGUGAAUUGGCAAGCAAACGGAGUGUGAUUGAAGCCGUUUAUAACAGACUGAACCCCUACAGGAAUGAUGAUACUGAUUCUGCCUCAACUGAUGAUAUGUGGUAAAACUGCUCGUCUAGCUGUGGAGUUCACCUUUCAUCCUUCAAACGCAAGUGCAGCCCAACCUCAGUGACCCUUCUUAACAUCCAUCCUCAACCUUAAUUAAAGAAGGGAAUAUGAUGUGUUGGUGAGAGUGACUACAGCAGUACGACAUCUAGCCCAGGAACUGAUCUCUUUUGUAAAACAGACUUCUGUAAACAUGAUUUCAAACCGUAAUUCAUGUUGUAAAUCAGACUCCAGCAAUUUAUGUUGUAUGAUUUUGUUUUUGUAAAGUGCAAUUGUCUUUGUACAAAAUGCUCAUAUUUAAUUAUGAACUGCUUUAAAUCACUAUAAAGGUUAGAAGAAAUGUUUGGCUUGUGUGAUGCAACAAUAUAUAUCCCUUUAAAUCCAUGUUGUGGUUUUGGAUUGCAAGGAGCAGCAGCCUAGCCAGCUAGGUGCUCAAGAGGUGCACAAAACUGUAAAGAUAACUUAUGGUUUUAGAUGAAAGCUGAACUUACGGGCAGCACACCAGAAAUUGCAGUGUGUGAAUUUGCUUGGCAAAAAGAUGGAAAAGGAACCGAGAGUAGUGCACGUUCUUCAGCAGACGCAUCGCGCUUUCCUAGACGUGCUCCUGCUCUCAUGUUGAGUGAAAGGGAGUUCUGAUUUUGACUUCGGUGGGAGUUAAAUCGUGGCCUGUUAAUAGCAUCGUGUUCAUACUCCUAUGAACCUUGGGAGUAGAACGCCUUGAUUCUUUGCACCUCUCGUCAUUAACCCUUACCUGAAGCUACUAAUCACUGAGCACGGACAGGCAGCUUUCUACA